AUGGCAGAAACAGAGAGAACCGACGAGGAGCAGUUCGAAUGCCAGGAACUGCUCGAGUGCCAGGUGCAGGUGGGGGCCCCCGAGGAGGAGGAGGAGGACGCGGGCCUGGUGGCCGAGGGCGAGGCCGAGGCCGUGGCUGCCGGCUGGAUGCUCGAUUUCCUCUGCCUCUCUCUUUGCGGAGCUUUCCACGACGGUAGCUCCAAGGACUUCCACAGGACCCUCAACAGUGCAGAGGCUAUUAUUCAUGGACUAUCCAGCCUAACAGCUUACCAGUUGAGAACUAUAUACAUAUGUCAGUUUUUGACAAGAAUUGCAGCAGGAAAAACCCUUGAUGCACAGUUUGAAAAUGAUGAACGAAUUACACCCUUGGAAUCAGCCCUGAUGAUUUGGGGUUCAAUUGAAAAGGAACAUGACAAACUUCACGAAGAAAUACAGAAUUUAAUUAAAAUUCAGGCUACAGCUGUUUGUAUGGAAAAUGGCAACUUUAAAGAAGCAGAAGAAGUCUUUGAAAGAAUAUUUGGUCAUCCAAAUUCUUACAUGCCUCUCAAAAGCAAAUUGCUUAUGAUAAUCUCUCAGAAAGAUGCAUUUCAUUCCUUUUUUCAGCACUUCAGCUACAACCACAUGACGGAGAAAAUUAAGAGUUAUGUGAAUUAUGUGCUAAGUGAAAAAUCAUCAACCUUUCUAAUGAAGGCAGAAGCAAAAGUAGUAGAAAGAAAAAGAACAAGAACAAUAACUUCUCAAGAUAAACUUGAUGUUGAAAUGGAAACUGAAGUUAAUUCAGACACAAGAAAAAGGUCUCACAAGAAUCUUUUCUUAUCUAAGUUGCAACAUGGAACCCAGCAACAAGACCUUAAUAAGAAAGAAAGAAGAGUAGGAACUCUUCAAAGUACAAAAAAUUAA